AUGGUUGGUGUUGGAGAUUCUGUUAAGGGAAAACGAGUUGUUAUCACAGGAGCGAGCACCGGCAUCGGUGAGCAGAUUGCCUAUCACUUUGCACGUCUUGGGGCUAAAAUAGUUGUGACUGCACGAAGGGAGGCAGUCCUAAAAAAGGUGGUUGAAAAGUGUAAGGAACUUGGAGCAGAACAAGCAUUCUAUUUACCUCUUGAUAUGAGCAAUCUGGACCACACAAAACGCCUUAUACAGGAAGCUAAGACUAAGUUUGGGGGCUUAGACUACCUCAUUCUAAACCAUAUAACUAGCAACUACAUGGAGACAUGGAAUGGUGACAUGGAGAGAUUAGAAGAAGUUAUGAAUGUAAAUUUUAGAGCAUACGUCAGUCUAGCAACUGAAGCUCUACCAAUGCUUGAAGCAAGUAAGGGGUCUAUUGGAGUGGUUUCAUCAUUUGCAGGUAAAGUUGGUGUACCAUAUACAGCAGCUUACUCUGCCUCUAAGUUUGCACUUGGUGGCUUUUUCGGUGCACUUCGACAGGAGCUGAUAUUCAAAAGCCAAGACAUAUCCGUUACACUUUGUAUUAUUGGAAGUAUUAAUACAGCAAAUGCUAUUGAGUAUUCUAAGCGAGUACUGGACACAGCUAUAUUCUCAACCUCUUCUGCUGACACUGCUUUAGCUAUCAUCAGGGGUACAGUUACUAGGCAACGUGAGGUGUAUUACCCACACAUGAUUAAACCUUUGGUCCUUGUACGUGAUUGGAUCCCGGAUAUUUUAGAUAGUGUCAUUAGAAUUCAAAUUAAAGAAGAUGCUCCAAAGUAGAUCCAGAGAGGUGGCAGCAUUGAAUUGGCAUGUUUUACAUUACAUUGACUGGUGUCCAACAACUUUUUUUUUAAAUUUAAUAACAACAAAAUUUUUAUAGGGGCUUUAUUAGUACUGUGAUUACAUGCAAUAUAUAAGUUGGGUUCAAAUUGAAGGUGAUGCUCCAAAGUAGUAAUAAUAAUAAUGAAAAGUUUGUAGUGUGCCAAUUGGAAAAAAUGAUGAAAGGUGUUGAAUUGAAAUUCUUUAUAUAUUUCAUUGACUGAUGUUUUUAAACCUUGAUACAAUAAAAAUGUAAUUAUUAAACUGUCAAUACAUAUAGUAUAUAAUUCAUGUUAACACUAAGACAUUGGAAUGAUGAGGUUCUAUCGUUUUUAUGAUGUUUUUGAAAUUUUCUUCGAUUAAAAGGCUUUGAGAGUGGUCCAGGGGGCGAAGCCCCCGAAAACAUUGACAAUUCAGGGGUUUCAAAGGCUUAUUUAAUCGAUUUUAGAGUCUACUAAUAUGUAGAAAAUACAUAUAAUUUUUUUUACUCCCCGACGAACUGUGCUUUUUCUCGCCGACGGGGGUGGGGCCAGCUCUCCCUGCUGGUGCCACCCCUGACUGAAAAUAGUCUAGUGAGCACUUUCUUUGGAUACGCGGUGCUCUCAAGCUUCACAUCAAACAUGGAUGAUGUUUCAUGAAGCGCUACCUGGUGCUACUCACUCUCCAGUUCUGCAUGUUUGUUAGAUAUAUAUUACAUUUUGAAUAAGUUGGGAGUUUUAUAUGGUCGAGAAACUAUGAAUCAUAUUAACACUGCAACAUAUUAGAUAGUUCACUGUACAAUACAAUGUGGUACCAUUUUAACAAUCUAGCUAAUAAAUGCUGCACUAAAAUUAUCACUUCAGUGAUUCCCCCCAAAAUGUUGACAAUGAACAUAUUUUAUAAUUAAUAUUUUUUUUGUUUAGUGAGGAUGUAAUUGUGCUUUUCUUUCCUUGCUUGUGUUUGAAUGAACCAAUUCAUUGAUUUUCAGUGGCGUAUCUAGGGGAGGGCGGCACUCUCCCCAAAAAAUUACUUCCCCCCAGUCACUUCCCCCCAGUCGCUC